AUGCGCGGCGCCGGCUGUGGGGGCGGCCACGGCGACCCCGAGGCCGCCGGCGCCGAGCUGGCCGAGUUCGGGCGGCGGCCGCGCGGACCCUCCGGCGGGCGGGGCGGCCCGCUGCCGCCCGCCGAGGCGGAGGACGCGCUGGGCGGGCGCGCGAGGGGCCGGUCGGGCGUGUAUUACUCGCCGCCCGGGACGAGUUACACCAUCGUGGAGCGGCCCGGAUCGGCGGCGCAGCAUCACAGGGAGCGGGACAGGGAGCGGGACUACGGACACUACAAUUCGGUGCUGCGACUGUUCGGCGCCCACAGUUCGACCGGCGGUCGUCCGGCGCGCCGGUCACCGGUCGGCAGUCCGCCCGCCGGCCCAGCCCGCCGGCCGACCAGCGCGUACCGGCAUUCGCCGACUGCGCACGAGAUGACCACGAGGACGGUGGCGAUGGUGCGCGAGCAGCAGGAGGGCAGCCACGGCUUCGGGAUUUGCGUCAAGGGCGGCAAGGAUGCUGGAGUAGGAGUGUAUAUUUCGAGGAUAGAAGAAGGCAGUGUAGCUGAAAGAGCAGGCCUAAGACCAGGCGACUCGAUAUUAGAAGUAAACGGAACUCCAUUCACAGCGAUUUCCCAUGAAGAAGCUUUGAAGAUGUUGAAAUCCUGUCGAAAACUCAGCAUGACCGUCCGCUCCCCCACCAUGCCUCCGGGAGGCGGCAUCGCGGGUCCAGGCGGCGCGCCCUGGCAGAUGCGACAGACGUGCUCGUGGAUGGACAGACUCGGCCGCCCCGUCUCGCCGCCUCUGGAGUACGCGGCGCGAGGGGCGGCGCCGCAGCGGUACGGCGGCGGUUACGGCCGCCCGGCCAGCAGGGAUCGGACCGUGAGGCGGCAGCUCCGCGAGGAUAUCAACAAAAAGUACGACCUCUUGAAAGUAGAAAUCGCUAAUUGUAAUUCGACACUCGCAACACAUGCCAGUUUGAUUGCAGAGAACUCCAAUUCUAUCGCUCAGAUCCAAGACAAUCAAUCCACCUUGCGAUCUGAAUUCGUUGAUUUAGAAUCGAAGCUUAAUCACACCAAGGACACAGUCGUAUCCCUCGCGUCUGCGUCUACAUCAUCGUCGCUGUCCGGUCAAGAACUAAGCGAGCGCAUUUCUCGUUCGAAAAAUAUUAUAGUACAUCGCCUUCCAGAAAACGAUAGCAGCGGUGACAAAACAGCUGUCGCAGAGAUGCUCAAGAGUAGAGCAGCUCAAACUACCAGGAAAUGGGCGGCCGCUCUCCAGAUGGUAGAAGAGAAAGCCAGGGUGCUCCUGUCUCGUCCAGAAUUCACCACCAUGUGUUACUAUACGGACGAGUACGCUGCCAGACAUAUGACCAUAGAUGCCUUCGUACAAGUCAUGACUGAACUAUUUAACACUCCCGAUAAGAGGAAAGGAAUGCCCAUACCGGAUGCCAAUCACUCAAUAUUUUCUGGAUACCAUGAGGAAUACACGAGCGGAGAUGAGGAAGAUCCUGCUGGGAAUAGGAGCAGGAGACACUCUAGUCCGGGUGGAUCUAGAUCCGGCAGCACGACAGCGUUACACCAGCAGGAAUAUACAGAUGCUGCAAAUGCAGAUCAGCACGAGUCUAUUAUGGUGUUCAUCAGCUGCCUCGUUAGCCAUACUGAUCUGAUCAACAUCGACAGAUGA